CCUUUUCGUAGGCCAUGUUCCCUUUGGACUCCGCUUGGAACAUUUCUUUCGCCGGCUGCGGCUUUCUGGGGGUCUACCACAUCGGCGUGGCCAGCUGCCUCCAGGAGCAUGCCCCUUUCCUCGUCGCCAACGCCCGGAAGGUGUACGGGGCUUCGGCCGGUGCGCUCACCGCUACCGCCCUCGUCAGCGGCGCCUGCCUCGGUGAGGCUGGUGCCAGCAUCAUUCGAGUGUCUAAAGAAGCACGAAAGAGGUUCCUGGGUCCACUUCACCCCUCUUUCAACUUGGUGAAGAUCAUUCGGCUCUGCCUGUCCAAGACUGUGCCAGAGAAUGGGCAUGAGGUGGCAGCAGGACGCUUGGGUAUUUCCCUCACACGAGUGUCUGAUGGAGAAAACGUCAUACUGUCAGACUUCCAUUCCAAGGAGGAACUGAUCCAGGCCUGUGUCUGCAGCACCUUUAUUCCUGUCUACUGUGGGCUGAUACCUCCAACGUUGCGUGGAGUGAGAUAUGUUGAUGGAGGAAUUUCUGACAACUUGCCACGAUACGAGCUGAAGAACACAAUCACGGUGUCUCCAUUCUCAGGAGAGAGUGAUAUCUGCCCACGAGACAGUUCCACAAACAUGCAUGAGCUGAGAGUCACCAAUACAAGCAUUCAGUUCAACCUUCGCAACCUCUACCGCCUCUCAAAGGCCCUCUUUCCUCCAGAGCCACAGGUGCUGCGGGAUAUGUGCAAGCAGGGCUAUCGGGAUGCCCUGCACUUCCUGAAGAAGAAUGGUCUCCUUCACCUUAAUCGUCCAAGUCCUGCUGGUCCUCUCCUUGCAAUAGAAGCCCCUCCAGGAGAGAAGAAAGAGGAAGAAAAAGAAGCUGAGGACCAGAACAACACUGCCCUUGCUGUCGUUGAAGACCACAUAUUUGAACACUUGCCUCCCAAACUGAACCAAGCUCUUUUGGAGGCUUGUGCGGAAAGAAGAGGUCUCUUGACUGGUAUUAGCAACACGCUGCCUAUGCGUGUGGCCACUGCCAUGAUGGUCCCCUACCUGCUGCCUCUGGAGUCUGCUGUUUCCUUCACUGUCAGGUUGCUGGAAUGGCUUCCAGAUAUCCCUGAGGAUAUUAGAUGGAUGAGGGAGCAAAUAACUGAAAUCUGCAACUAUCUUGUGAAGAAAGCCAAGAAACUGGGCAGCCAUCUUUCAGCCAGGCUUUACUAUCAUCUUGAGCUUGGUGGGCCCCAGAGCCUGCCAAUUUCUUCAGCAUCUCCUUGUGGUGAAGCAAUGCCUAUAUGGAUGAGAAGCAACCGUUCCCUGUCUGAUGUCAUGCUGAAGUGGGAGGAGUACCAGCGUCAGCUUGUGAUGGGCUUACUCUGCAUCAAUGUGGACAUGCAGGCAUCCCUCUUCCCUUGGGAAGGAUUUCAGAUGAAAUUUCCACCUUUGGACUGUGCAAAAGAGUGCCUGCCACUCUUCUGAGCCUGCU